GCGCAGGAGGUCGCUCCCCUGAUCCGCGAGUGCAAGUACAACCUCGGGCUCGCCUACGACGACGACGACGGCGACGGCAACAGCGGAGGGGUGGCCUCCUCGGGAGCGGCAAAGGACGUAUCAGGACUGAACUACCGAGGGCAUGGCCUGGUUAUCCCCUCCGACAAGAUCAAGCGUGAGCUGAACAAGUGCCUCGGCCUAGUGAACGAAGUCAAG